GCCAUGGCUACGGAGUCUGCGGCCGCUGCGCCAUCUAUCCCGUCGCUAGUCGAUCGGUACUUCACUCGCUGGUACAAGGCAGAUGUCAAAGGGAAACCCUGUGAGGACCACUGUGUAUUGCAGCAUUCUAACCGAAUAUGUGUCAUCACAUUGGCAGGAUCUCAUCCAGUUCUUCAAAGUGGAAAAACGAUCGAAAGCAUUUCCUAUCAGAUCAGCACCAACUGUAGCAGACUUCAGAACAAGGUCUCUGGGAAAUUUAAGCGGGGGGCACAGUUUCUAACAGAACUCGCACCUCUGUGUAAGAUUCACUGUGCAGAUGGAGAAGAAUACACUGUCUCUAGCUGUGUUCGAGGACGGUUGAUGGAAGUGAAUGAAAACAUUCUCCGUAAGCCGUCCAUUCUGCAAGAGAAGCCAUCCACUGAAGGCUACAUUGCAGUCGUCUUACCCAAAUUUGAAGAAAGCAAGAGCAUAACAGAAGGGCUCCUGACACAAGAGCAGUAUGAA